CCUACUGUGCAUUUGUUUCUCAAAUUAUCAUCUUGAUUUAUGACUUCACAGGAAUCCCCAAAUUAGCUGCCUGCAUAUGCAGAGCAGGAGGUGCACUGCAGAUAAUACUGUCUAAAAAACCAACGCCUCGUGUCUUCACUGAUAGUAAUCCCUACGUCAUUUGUGAGAAGUGGCUAUCACACACGCCGUGGACAUUAACAUUACAUCACAGCUGCUUAUGCUGAGCUGAAUACUGCGUGCGUGAGAGAAGAACGGCUGAGACACGCACAGACGUUUCCCAGCGAGACCACUGACGAGAGACAACGGACCACCGUUAACCGGAGCUCGAGACUCCCUGAGAUUAAGGUUCAAGAUUAUCAUUCCAUUGGCAACCAGAAACUUAUCAAACAUGGGCAAAGAAUUCAGAGGUACAAUUGCAGAUCACCCUGACUUUGAUGCAGGCAGUGAUGCAGAGGCCCUGUAUGAUGCCAUGAAAGGCUUUGGAAGUGACAAGGAGGCCAUCUUAGACCUGAUUACCUCACGAAGCAAUGCUGAGAGGCAGGACAUACGUGCUGCCUACAAAUCACAGUUUGGGAAGGAUUUAAUUGAUGAUCUGAAAUACGAGCUGACAGGGAAGUUUGAACGUCUGAUUGUGGUUUUGAUGAGACCUCCAGCCUAUCAUGAUGCCAAAGAAAUCAAGGAUGCCAUUAAGGAUUCGGGAGCAGGAACAGAUGAGAAAUGUUUGAUUGAAAUUCUCGCUUCGAGAACCAAUGAGCAGAUUCAUAAUCUGGUGGCAGCAUACAAAGAUGCAUAUGGCAGAGACCUUGAAGAGGAUGUUAUAGGGGACACAUCUGGACAUUUUAAGAAGAUGCUGGUUGUUUUGCUUCAGGGGACCAGAGAGGAAGAUGAUGUUGUUAGUGAAGACCUCGUGGAGCAAGAUGCUCAAGACCUGUAUGACGCAGGAGAGGCACAGUGGGGCACAGACGAGGCCAAAUUCAUCAUGCUGCUGGGAAACCGAAGUGUGAUCCAUUUGCAGUUGGUAUUUGAUGAGUACCAGAAAAUUGCUGAGAAGUCCAUUGAGGACAGUAUUAAGAGUGAGCUCUCCGGAGACUUUGAAAGACUGAUGUUGGCUGUCGUUCAGUGCAUCAGGAGUAAGCCCAUGUUCUUCGCCAAACGGCUUUACAAAUCCAUGAAGGGUCUGGGCACAGCUGAUAACACUCUGAUCCGCAUCAUGGUCUCCCGCUCUGAGAUUGACAUGCUGGACAUCAGAGAGUGCUUCAGACUGCGCUAUGAGAAAUCUCUGUACAAUAUGAUUCAGGAUGACACAUCCGGGGAUUACAAGCGCACCCUGCUGAAACUGUGUGGAGGAGAUGAUGAUAUGGCAGGGGAGUUCUUCCCAGAGGCUGCACAGAUUGCCUACAAGAUGUGGGAAAUCAGCGCCAUGACCAAAAUCCAGUUAAGAGGAACUGUGCGACCGUAUCAAAAUUUUGACCCUGCAAGUGAUGCUCAAGGUCUGAGAAAAGCAAUGAAGGGAUUUGGAACGGAUGAAGAUACGAUUAUUGACAUUGUGGCACACAGGAGCAAUGCACAGAGACAGGAGAUCAGACAGACUUUUAAAUCUCUUUUGGGACGGGAUCUCAUGGCUGACCUAAAAUCAGAACUGUCCAAAAACCUCCAAAGAUUAAUCCUGGGUCUCAUGAUGACUCCAGCAGAGUUUGAGGCUAAGAUGAUGAAGAAAGCCAUGGAGGGCGCAGGGACCGAUGAACAUGCAUUGAUUGAGAUCCUGGUCACUAGGAGCAACCAGGAGAUUCAGGAGAUGUGUUCUGCCUAUCAGAAUGCCUAUAAAAAAAGUUUGGAGGACGCCAUCGCAUCAGAUACAUCUGGGCAUUUCAAACGGAUCCUGAUAUCUUUGGCACAGCUCCAGUCAUCUAAAAAAAUAGCAGUAACAUGUGUAUAUUUUCCAGUGCGGAGUGUGAAGAAUCAGCCAUCUUACUUUGCUGACCGAUUGUACAAAGCCAUGAAGGGACUGGGAACAGACGACAGGGCUCUCAUCCGUAUCAUGGUGUCCCGCGCCGAGAUUGACCUCUUCAACAUCCGCAAAGAGUUCAAGGAGACCCAUGACACCUCUUUGCAUGAAUUCAUCCAGGGUGACACAUCAGGAGACUAUCGUAAAACCCUUUUGAUUCUCUGUGGAGGUGAGGACUAGAACAUUGUCUGUCGUCCGGGAAGUGUCAAACAGGAUAUUCAUGCCAAGUAACCAGUACACUGUGUUCCCAUUCAUUGUUUGUGAGUUGCUAGUGACAUACAGUCUUUGUGCCCUCUGCUGCUGCUGCCAUGCAUUUGCCAAAUCUAAUGACCUAUGCAGAAGCCACACCUUGUCCCAUUUUCUGAAAUCGUGUGCGAAACACAUUUUUUUUUACAGUUAAAAGCACUUUUUAUGGUGUUACCGUACUACUAGUGCUUUAUUUGUUACCCAACAUCCUGUUUAAAUUGAUCACCCCAGAAAUAAAAGACGUGAUCGUGUUUGAGUUUGUGUUGUUAGAUGGACACCAUUGUUGUUGUGUUUUAAUACCAAAAGUUGCUUUAAAUCUAGUACAGAAUGUGGUGAUAUGCUUCUGAACACAGUACCAAAAUUGUUGACCAUACAAAAGAUCUGCACACUUGUUAUUCUCCCUUUAUUUAGAAAAAGUUCAAAGUGGCAACGUUUCGGUCAAAGACUGACAUUUUUCAAAAUCUUGCACCUGGCCAAGAUGCUUUGGAUGUGCGUACUUUGACUUUUUUCACACAAAAGUAAACAAAUUAAAUGAAUGACUUCAAGUGUGGUCACGUACGCAAGCUUUCAGUAAGAAUCCACAUGAAUAUUUUGCCACGCAGAUUUUGCAACAGGUUUAAGUUGGUCAUUACACUGUUGACAAUAAACAAUGGACCUUU